AUGGAUAGCAUUGGAUGGAUCUGGGGCCGAAAGACCCCGGCCGAGAUUCUUCGCCAGCAACAAAGAGCACUCAACAAAGCCCAGCGCGACCUGGACCGAGAGCGCCAAAAGCUGGAGCAGCAGGAAAAGAAGCUGAUUGUGGACAUACGGAAGACAGCUAAGGCCAACCAAAUUAACGCAUGUAAGGUGAUGGCCAAGGACCUGGUGCGCACCCGAAAGCACAUCCAAAAGUUCUACAAGAUGAAAACUCAGCUACAGGCCGUGUCCCUGAGAAUCCAGACCAUGCAAUCCAACCAGGCCAUGGCCACAGCCAUGAAGGGCGUGACGUUGGCCAUGCGCCGGAUGAACACACAGGUCAACAUGCCAUCGAUUCAGAAGAUCAUGAUGGAUUUCGAGAAAGAGUCCGAAAUGAUGGACAUGAAGGAGGAAAUGAUGAACGACGCCAUGGACGACGUCAUGGAUGAGGAGGACGACGAGGAAGAGUCUGAAGAGAUCCUCAACAAGGUCUUGGACGAAAUCGGCAUUGAUCUCGAACAUUCGCUGGUCGAUGCACCAACAAGCAAACUCGGAGGCAAAACUGUCCCGGCCGAGCGCGAGGCACAGGCGGUCGCCAUUGGCGACGACGAUCUGCAGGCGCGUCUUGAGAGACUCAGAAAGGACUAA